AUGUCUUCAGCUACACAACGAAGUGUCAAGAUGGUAGCUCAGGAAUUCACUGUUGAUCUUGAUAAACCCCUUGUUUUCCAGGUUGGCCAUCUUGGAGAGGCUUAUGAGAAAUGGGUUCACCAGCCUAUUGUAAGCAGGGAAGGCCCUCGUUUCUUUGAGAGUGAUUUUAUGGAGUCCUUGACUCGCACAGUUUGGUGGGCAAUUCCAACUAUUUGGCUGCCUGUUGUAUGCUAUUCGGUUUCAAAGUCUGUAAGGAUGGGCCAUACACUUCCUGAGAUUGUCUUAAUGGUGGCUGGUGGUAUUUUGAUUUGGACAUUGCUCGAAUACACUUUGCAUCGCUUCCUUUUCCACAUAAAAACUACAAGCUAUUGGGGGAACACAAUACACUAUCUUCUUCAUGGAUGCCAUCAUAAGCACCCUAUGGAUGGUCUCCGCCUUGUUUUUCCUCCAUCAGCCACAGCUAUUCUCUUGGUGCCGUUCUGGAACAUGGUCAGGCUGUUUGCGACUGCUUCAACAACUCCUGCUCUUUUUGGAGGUGGUUUACUGGGAUAUGUGAUGUAUGACUGCACUCAUUACUACCUGCACCACGGUCAGCCCUCAAAUGAUGUACCAAAAAAUCUCAAGAAAUAUCACAUGAAUCAUCAUUUCCGGGUCCAAGAUAAGGGCUUCGGAAUCACUUCAUCAUUGUGGGACAGAGUGUUUGGAACUCUUCCUCCAUCAAAAGAGGUUGGAACACCUCCUCCAUCAAAAAUGGCAAAGAAAAUGUAG